GCAAACUUUAUCCAGGACAUAGGUGGGUUCCAUGGUUGUCGUGAACGCACAUAUAUAGCUAGUCCUGUUAGUACAUUCCACCAAUUAGUCUCAAGUGCAUUUUAUUAUUUCUAUUUCAUUACUUUUUCUUAAAAAACCGCCAUCAUGUCCGUGGAAGAACUCUGGAGUAAGCUCAAGAAUGCUGCCGGGUGUAAAUCACUGCUGAAAACACAUUUAACUGAAGAAAGGUAUAAAAGUCUGAAGGGCAAGAAAACUGAUUUUGGAGGAACUUUGGCAGACUGUAUACGUUCUGGAUGUGAGAACCUCGACAGCGGUGUCGGCAUCUACGCCUCCGACCCCCAGGCCUACACCGUCUUCGCCGACGUUCUGGACGCUGUCAUCAAGGACUACCACAAGGUCGACAAGCUUAAUCACCCUGAACCUGACUUCGGGAACAUAGAUAAACUCGGAUUCUCUGAUCUGGACCCUUCUGGUGACUUCAUCAUAUCAACCAGGGUCCGCGUGGGCAGAAGUCAUGACAACUAUGGGUUCCCUCCCGUCAUCACAAAAGAGCAACGUCUGGCAAUGGAAGCAGCGACUGUGUCUGCACUGGAUAAGCUGAAGGGCGAACUGGCCGGCAAGUACUACCCCCUCACUGGCAUGACCAGGGACACUCAGAAACAGCUAAUGGACGAUCACUUCCUCUUCAACGACAGCGAUAGGUUUCUCCGUGACGCCGGCGGAUACAAGGACUGGCCAUCCGGCAGAGGCAUCUACUUCAACCAUGCCAAGACCUUCCUUGUGUGGGUGAAUGAGGAGGACCAUCUGAGGUUUAUCUCCAUGCAGAAGGGAGGCAACCUCGGGGAGGUUUACAGCAGACUGGUCAAGGCUAUCCGUGCAAUGGAGUCUAGUGGUCUGUCAUUCGCCAAGCGUAAGGGUCUUGGCUACCUGACCUUCUGUCCCUCCAACCUGGGCACCACCCUCCGUGCGUCCGUCCACAUCAAGAUACCCAAACUUGCCGCCUCGCCAGAGUUCAAGGCCUUCUGUGAUCGCUACAACGUUCAAGCUAGAGGCAUCCACGGCGAACACACCGAGAGCGUGGGCGGCGUCUACGACAUCUCCAACAAACGUCGUCUUGGUCUGACGGAGUUCGAAGCUGUUCAGGAGAUGAGGAAAGGCGUUGAGGCCUGCAUUUCACAAGAAAAGAAACUGGGUAAAUGGUGGAGGAUUUGGUAAAAGUCAGUUAGGUAGCAGACGACAGUGAAGCUUGUGAGGCAGACGACACCAGGGAAGAUCGAAACAUCUUCAUCCAAGCUAUAUCUUUGCAGCUACAACCACCAAACAUUCAUUGAUACUUGUGUCUGCGGAAAACCUAACUAAAUAACAAAUUAUGACGAACUUUGACGAGUUGACGUUUCAUUGCUUUGCAUCGUGUCUGUGCAUACGGUAUAUUGAAGUAUCUGAACGACUACUCGGACUUCCGGGAUCUCAGUAGUCAGGAGAUUCGGAAAAGAUAACAUUUCUGAUGCUUUUACAGACUUUUUUUCGAGAGCUUUCACCCCAAUUCCAGGGGUCUGUGAUAUGUGUGACAAUAAUGUGUUUUACGAAAAUGCAAAUAAAGUUAUAUUUUACGACAAAAA